UGUCACUCCGAUCAGUUUUCUAUCUCAUUCGUGGUCGCAGCAGCAAUGCGCUCCGCCAAGAGAGCCUCAUAUCCGACUGUGCACAUCAAGCAGCGGCACAUCGGGAGUAUCGACACGUCGUGACAAGGCGGGCUUCGGAUCCUUCCCCUCCCCAGUGUCGACCUCUUGAGCAGUCAUCCGGGGCUCUACGGCUGAAAGGAUCGCGAGCAGAAGGGUGGUGGUGGGCCCGGUCUCUUACCGGUUCACACUCACGGACAGAACGUUGGUUAGCCGCUUGAAGGUCGGCGGUCGCGCCGUCCCAUCGUGCCCUAUUCGACGUGUAUUCUGAUAUACAAGCACAAGAAGUUCGCUUUGCACUGAAGGCGUGUUCGAAUACAUGGUCCAGAUUCGUGCGAGACAUCGAUCUAACCGGGGACAUGCAAUUGAGGCAUCCCCUAUUGUUGGGAAUCGCUGGGACGAGGACUGAGGUUCUGUGGGUGCGCCCCAUGCAUCUGCUUCUGGUCACGCCCAUGCUCGGGUUUCCAGCAUAGAAUACACGUCUACUGUAGCAACUGUGCCAAUUCCGGUGUGCCCAAUAUCCCGUAGUGCCCAACUCCCUCCACGAGAUAAACCUCGACCUCCUUCGAGCAGUGUCUCUUAGCCCCGAGCGCCUCCCAGUCCCCACCGCCUCUCAGCCUUGGAAUCGUGGUGCCGAUGCCAAAUUCUGCAACAACCAACGCAUAUGGAGCCUCGACCGAGGACAGCCAUCGAUCCACGGCAGCUGUGUAUUCGGUCCAGGACUGUGAUCCCAGGCCUCUAAGGAACUCCAGAAUCGGGCGAAUGAGGGCCCUGGUCAUUUCCACCAUCUGCAAAUCGUCUUGCGAGUCCUGCACUCCGGCCGCGGCGGCUUUGAGCUGCUCUGCGCGACCGGAGGAUCGAUAAAGCGGAUCCGCACUGAACAUCGCGAUCAUGGAUUGGAUAGGGUAGUCGAAGAACUGCGACAGCUCCCUGUGAACGUCGGGAAUGGCUGCGAGUUCGGGGUGCAGCCAGAGCGUCGGGAAGUGGUCGAUGAAAGCGAGCUGCUCGACUCGCUCCCCAUCCGCCUCCAGGAUCCGAGCUACUUCUAUGCAGACGAAGGACGACUGCGAGUACGCUGCGAUGCGGUAUGGGCCGUGUGCCUGUCUCGCUUGCAUCUGGGACACAAAGUAACGUGCGAGGCCCGGCAAUGUAGCGAGUGGCGUCGCCGGUGUAAUCUGAACCCCGUAUAGAGUGCGCGACUUGAAAUGCGUCCGCAAGGCAAGCAGCGGAGCCAAGCUCCCCUCCCCACCGCAGAACACAAACAGAGGCGUAGCAGCGCCAGCACCAGAGACCAG